UUCUACAAAGUAUCAUACGAGCAAACGAAAACGAUGGAAUGUAUCGCUAGUACAUCUACCGAUGAAGAACGAACUAUUCAGCACAGCCAAGGUAUAACUUCAACAGUUAAGGACACUAAAGAAACCACAACUGGAUUAUUUAGAUGCUCUUAUUGUUUAUUAGAAGAACGUUUUGAUUUUAAAGGCAUCAAACCACCAUUUGCACGACAAUUAAAUUAUUUGGAAGAGUGUUAUGUUAUGAAAGAUCCUUUUAGUUUACCAAAUAAAGGAGAAGUUUUAGUAUUAGGAGCUGAUUGUCAGUUUUGUAAGAAGCCUGUAUGUUUAGGGUGUAGUGUGUAUUUCGGAAGAAGGUUUUGUGUAAAAUGUGCAUCAAAUAAUAUACAAAAUUUACCAUCACAAUUGCAUCCAAAAAUAAAAAGUUUA